GUUUGGACGGAAAGCCAUGCUCCUGCUGUCACUUGUGUGCUCUGUCAUAUUUGGGAUGCUGAGCGCCACCUCCAUCUCCUACAGCAUGCUGGCCAUCAUGCGGACUCUCACCGGUGUGGCCCUGAGCGGCAUCUCCCUUAUUGUAAUACCUUUGGGGAUGGAGUGGGUGGACAUACAACACCGCACCUUCUCUGGGGUCCUGAUUAGCAUUUUCUGGAGCAUCGGGAACAUGCUGCUAGCCAUGAUAGCGUACCUGGUGCGGGAAUGGCACUGGCUACUAGUAGCCGUAACAGGACCUUGUCUUCUGAGCAUCAUCUGCCUGUGGUGGGUCCCAGAGUCUGCCCGUUGGCUCAUAGCCAAUGGCAAAGUGAAACAAGCUCACAGACAUCUGCUUAGAUGUGCAAGAAUGAAUGGAAAGAAAGACUUCGCUGUCUCACCAGAGGCCCUCAGAAAGAUGACAACAGACAAAAAGCCGGGAGAGAGUUACUCCUACAUCAGCUUGUUCAGGACACCAGUCCUGCGGAAGAUCUCUCUGUGUUCAGGGGCUGUGUGGUUUGGUGUUGCCUUCUCUUAUUAUGGCAUGAGCAUGAACCUUACUGGCUUUGGGCUCAACGUGUAUCUCUCCCAGUUUGUCUUUGGCAUCAUUGAGAUUCCAGCCAAGAUGAUCAUGUACGUGCUGGUGAAUCGACUUGGACGACGGCAGAGUCAGGCGUGGGCACUCAUCCUGACUGGACUAUGCAUAGGAGCCAACGUCAUCAUUCCCAAGCCCUUCACCUCCUUGCGCUCUGUAGUAGCCAUUAUGGGCAAAGGUUUCUCAGAAGCUGCAUUCACUACUGUCUUCUUGUACACCUCUGAGCUCUACCCCACCGUACUGAGGCAGAAUGGGAUGGGAUACACCUCCUUUGUGGCACGCCUCGGCGGGGCUUUGGCCCCACUUGUGUUUCUGCUGGAUGAGGUGUGGAAGUCUCUGCCCGAGGUUACUUACUGUGGUGUAGCAGUAUGCUGCGGCAUGGUGGCCUUUCUGCUCCCAGAGACACUCAACGUGCGCCUGCCUGAGGGCAUCGAGGACAUCGAGAAGGCACAAGUGAAAGGGCCACCACAAAUCAGUGCUCCUGAGGGCAUGCCGCUGCAGUCUCUGCUGAAGUGA